AUGGCACGUCCAUGGCGGCGUCCGGUAGUCGUUUCCUCUUCUUCUUCUUCUUUCGGGUGCCACCAACUACGACAAGGAAACGGCAGCAGCACUGACAGAUCCGCCAUUGAGACAGGGCAUGACAGCAUACCGUGCAGCGCUCUUGCAAAUACAACAGGGGAAUGGAAGUCCAAAUCACCACGCAAAAGGAGACUGUCAUCACCAGACUCAGCACGGCCACCACCACACGAUAUUCGGUUGUUUUCUCGUCCGGCUCUUCUUCUUGGCAUUUCGCAACCUCGAGUAGUAACAGCAGGAAUGAUAGACAUACAAACGGUCUACCAGGAGUUAUUGGAGACACACGGGGAUUCUUCUGUAGCCGCAACAUCUUGUCAAAUCGGUUCUUCUGCGGUGAAAAUAGGCGGGGCAGAGCAACCACCGUAA